CACUACUACUCUGUCACUUCAUAAUGUCAGAUUGAGGUUAUUUACUUUGAAAUUUGUAGAACCGUGUGAAAAGCGAAACUUUAUUAAAUUGGGAAUGAGUUAAAGCCAGUGGUGAAUAAUGGCUGCAAUAAUGAAAUAUAUGAUAGCCGGCUUAGUGAGAUAUUGGCUUAUUCAUAUAGAUUAUUGGCAGACUAUAGCGAAUAGAGUUGAAAUAGCUACUCCUCUGAAUUCAUGGAAAAGAUUAGUCGAGGGUGUUUUUCUCUAUGACCACAAUAUUAACCCAUACGAAGGAGAUUCCUUUCACGAAUCUCCUAUUAUGUUGCUCAUCUUCCACUGCCUAAUGAAAAGAGUGCCAUAUUUGCUACCUCUUCUUUUCACUGUUUUGGAUCUCCUUACGGCAUAUCUGUUAUACAAAACUUCUAAGUCAUUUAUAAAGAUCUUUAUAGAAUCCCAAAAGAAACAAAACGAUGAUAUAGCAGAAGAAUCUAAAACAAUGCUUCUAAAUGAGACGCAGUUGACUGAAGCAGCUGAUUAUGUUUUGUCUGUAUACUUAUUUAACCCAUAUUCUGUAUUGAACUGUGCUGGUAUGACAACUACUGUUAUUCAAAAUUUACUAGUGGCAACUUCAUUAUGGAGUGCAUCAAAUGGAUAUGGAAUAUUGGCAUGCAUAUUUAUAGCCCUUGCCACUCAUCAAGCAUUGUAUCCAGUACUUUUGAUUGUCCCAAUAGCUAUUUUAUUAGCAGAUGUCAACAAAGGUUGUAAUAAAUGCUCAUACAUCAGAACUCUUCUUGUAUUUGUUCUGUGCUGGGGAUUUCUGAUUUAUAUAUCUGCAUAUAUUAUGGAUGGUUCUUAUAAUUAUCUACAUAAUACAUAUGGAUUUAUAUUGACUGUGCCUGAUUUGAAGCCAAAUAUAGGCCUCUUUUGGUAUUUCUUUACAGAAAUGUUUGAGCAUUUCAGAUUACUGUUUGUGUGUGCAUUCCAAAUAAAUGCGCUUGCUCUAUAUGUGAUCCCACUAACUUUGAGGUUUAAGCGAGAACCAGUGCUUUUGGCCACAGUUCUUAUUGCACUAUCCACAAUCUUCCGGUCAUAUCCAUGCAUUGGUGAUGUUGGAUUUUAUUUAGCGCUCCUACCCAUGUGGAAACACUUAUUUACAUUUAUGCAACAGAAGUUUAUAGUGGGAUGUGCAUUCAUUAUCACAUCAGCACUGGGACCUACAGUAUGGCAUCUGUGGAUAUAUUCCGGAUCAGCUAAUGCAAACUUCUUUUUUGGAGUGACAUUAUCUUUUGCCACUGCUCAAAUAUUUCUAAUUACUGAUCUCUUAUUUGCUUAUAUCAAAAGAGAAUUUACUCUUAAGCAUGGACUGUCACGGCAAGUGGACGGAAAGCCUGCCAAACUAGUAUUACGAUAGUUUAUGUAAUAAUUGUAGAUUAUGAUUAAUAACCAGUGAUAACUUAUUUUUAUCAUAGGAUAUAUGUUUGCGGAUAACUCUUUAAAUAUUUAAAAUUUUGCACAUAUUACAAUAAUAUUGAAUGAUGCUGAAAAAACUUACUGUUUUUAUGUUUUUUAAUUUUGUAACCAA